GAAAUUGGACUGGCAUCUCUGGGAGCUCCGGAUGAUUUCAUCGAGAAACUCGCUACGGUUUAUUGGUUUACAGUGGAGUUUGGACUAUGUAAAGAAGGUGAUUCACUCAAGGCGUAUGGUGCAGGGCUGCUGUCUUCAUUUGGAGAGCUGCAGUAUUGUUUAUCAAGUAAACCUGAGAUUCAGCCUCUUGUCCUGGAGAAGACUGCUGUGCAGAAGUACCCUGUUACUGAGUUCCAGCCUAUCUACUAUGUUGCUGAAAGUUUUAAAGAUGCAAAAGAAAAGCUAAGGAAAUUUGCUCAAACGAUCCCUCGUCCUUUCUCUGUUCGGUACAAUCCCUACACCCAGAGGAUUGAAGUCCUGGACAAUGCAAAGCAGCUGAAGAACUUAGCUGACACCAUCAAUAGUGAGAUGGGGAUCCUUUGCAAUGCCCUCCAGAAGAUAAAAUGAAGAUUUGCUGUAACUUGCUAGUCACUGGCUACUGACUAGAAGUUGCCAUGUGCAAAUGCCACUAUUCAUCUAGUCUCGGUGUAUUAUCUUCCUGUGUACUGCAUGAAUGCUUAUGUUACAUAUCUUAAUUACUAUAGAUUAGCAGAGAA